ACGAGGUACACGGACAAAAGCAGAACGACCUUGUCGUAUCCCAUGUCCGGCAGAAUAGUCUCCCAGAGCGCAUCUUGUCGGAUGAUGAGAGCAAGUUCAAACUUCAAGGUCUCAACAUGGCGUUUUUAGGAUCGGCUCAGCCUAGUGCGUGGGAAGAACUCCUGUUGGAAACAACGAAAUACGACCCUUCAGAUCGCAUCAAGCUACUCCAAAAUGCACAAGCAGUGAUUGGUCCGGAGGCUGAUUUUUCCAUCAUGAAGAAAAUGGCACACUACACAGAACGAAUGCAAGGAUUGCUUAUGGCCAGAACGAAGACGUUGGAGGAGUUUGAAGAUAGGUCUGGUGGAGGUGGGAGUGGUGUCCAGCCCAUGGAGGUGGACGAGGAGGAGGAUCAUCGAGUAGUAGGGUCACGACAGCAGGAUCAAAUGCACGACGACCCAAAGGCAGAUUAUAGCGGCACUUCUUCUGUGGAUGCGACUGUCGCGAAAAAAGAUCAUGCAGCACAGACCAUGAUCACGAACGGAGUAAGGAGCGAGUCUGAUAUCUUUGGUAAAGUAGCUGAUGAAGAAACAAGUCGUGUGAAAGAGGCGGAUACGGACCCCGACCGGCGACUGAAAAAGCUGGAAGAGAAGUUGCAGUCUGUCCUUGCGCUUCCUGAGGGCUUCACGCAACAUCUCCUACAACACGAUCACUUUUUUGUCGAAAUUGACGGUAUGGAGGACGCAAAUCAAAGAGGCAACGAUAAACUAGAGCUGGAGGAAGAGCAAGAUAGUAAUCGUCUGUACUCGACUGCGCACCUAGCUGACGAUCUGAUUUGGGCCGUUGAAAUCACUAAGUCUCUGCAGACUGCUGCCGCGUCGUCGAAUCCGGGCAGUCUCCACUUCGGGGCACG